AUGGGAGUUGUAGCCAUCCUUGCAUGGGCGCUGUUCAUCUCGUCAGCGAGCGGCAUGCCCUCAGGAGAUCCAGCCCCCUACCAGUCUGGUCAUCAACCGUACGCCGAGCCUCAGCCCUCUUACUCCAGCGGUUACCAUUAUAACUACAACAGCGGCAACUACAACUCCGGCCCCAGUUACGGACCAAGCUACGAAGAGGCGCAUAACUUUUUCCAGGGACAGCAACCAUACGACCGUUACCCAGCAAGGUUCUACUCAUCCUACAGCUACAACGACCCGGUUCCCCAAUAUGGCUACGAGUCGGUGCCUUACCGCAGCGACAACUACGGCUUCUACGCCUACGUGCCUAUUUGGGAGCCAAACAGGCCACAGGGCAGACAGAACUCUCGCUACCGGUCCUACCCGUCGUACGACUCACAAGCUCCGGACGAUUGCUCCGGGAGUGCCAACAAGGGACGUCGUUACGCUGUAUGGGAUGUCUGCUUUGCAUAUUACGAGUGUGUGGACUACACAGCCAAGUACCGACAAUGCGAUGACCGUAGCCGCUAUGAUCCAAGUCUUGGGCGAUGUGUCGAAGACUACUCCUGUACAACAGGUUCUUUUGCUUCGAGAGGCAAAGAAAAUUACCAUUACACUACAGACACCGGUGAAGAGGCAAGAUAUAUCUACCGGUGA